GAAGCACCGAAACCCCCGCAAGUCAAACCAGCGUCCACCUCACUCCACCUCCCUACUCGUCCCUGGCUCCUGCAGGGAGUAACGCCGGCCAUUACUUCCAUUUCAAUACUUCGAAAUUCCGCAAUUCUGAUGGUUUUACUUAAGAAAAAAAAAAAGGGAACAGUUUUACUGUUUCAGAAUGUUUGGCAUCUCUCUUCGCGCUCCUUUUCUGAUGUAAUGUGUUGUCAACUUGUUCUCACAAGCACAUCCCUGACGCCAAAGCAGUCCCUGGCCCCAGCACCAGGAAGCACACCUGGCCCCAGGGCGAAGGGGCAGGCGAGCCUCCAGCUACAACGACAGAGUGGCUGCCCCAGGUGUGACAGAGGCGACGGGCAAGGCGCGUUCGCGGGCUGCUGCUCCCAUGGCGGGCCCUGGGCGUCUACCAGGAAGGGAGAGACCAGCCUUAAGAAGGCAGAAAAGCCUGGGUACGUCCCUGCCGGGCGCCCGGGGCUCCCGAGGACAGAGCGGGCGGCUGCCCGGCCGCACGGGGCUCUCCAGCCCGAGGCACUGCACACACUCGUUCCAGCGGCCCCGGCCAGCAAGCGGCCACGCUCCCCACGACCGCCCCGCGGGGGGCUCGCCCACGGCCGCUGGCCUCCGCCCGCCCAGUCCCCGCCGCGCCAGGGGCAGCCCGGGCAGGGGCCCCGCGCCUCCAGGAACACGCCCGUGGGCGUUGGGCCGCCCCGUCCCGCCUCCGCAGAGGUCGCAGCCGCAGUCCCGCCGUCGGGGCCCGCCGGCAGACAGGGCACCUCCCAGCCCGGACCGGCACUCCCGGCACCCGCAGCCCCCCGCUCCCUCCCAGCCCGGGCCGGCAGCGCGGCCCGCCCGCCGCCGCUUCCACUCCUGCGCACUGGGCGCGCCCCCCAGGCGGGCCGGGGCCGGGGCCGGGGGCGGGCCGCGGGCGGGGGAGCGGCGGGCGGCCAAUUGCGGCCCCGCGGGGAGCGGCUGCGGCGGGGCCGCCGCCCGUGCUCGCAGGGCAGGAUGGAGGCGGAGGGCCGGGCACCGGGGUCGCCGCUCCUCGCCGGAGGGGAAGGGGCCGGGGCCGACUCGCGCCCCGCUGCGGGUGCCCCCGGCACGGCCCAGGGGCCGCUGAUCGCCGCCGCCGAGGUGCUGGCGCUGGACGAUGAGGAGGACGACCUGGAGGUGUUCAGCAAGGAUACAUCUCUGGCUGAGGUAAACUCAUUCAGUCCUUCAAUGCCAAUAUCCCCCUCAUCAAUGAUAAACCAAUAUAAAUUUGAAGAUGGACCAGAAUUAAGAGAUCUCUUCAUUACAGUCGAUGAUCCUGAAAGCCACAUUACAGCCAUUGAAACAUUUAUUACAUACAGAGUAGUCACAAAGACAUCCCGUGGUGAAUUUGACUCCAGUGAAUAUGAAGUUCGAAGACGAUACCAGGAUUUCCUUUGGUUGAAGAGCAAACUUGAAGAAGCACAUCCGACACUGAUUAUUCCUCCAUUGCCUGAAAAAUUCAUAAUGAAGGGCAUGGUGGAACGAUUUAGUGAUGAAUUCAUUGAGACUCGAAGAAAAGCUUUACAUAAAUUUUUGAACCGUAUUGCUGAUCAUCCAACUCUAACUUUUAAUGAAGACUUCAAAAUUUUUCUUACUGCACAAGCCUGGGAACUCUCAUCACACAAGAAGCAGGGUCCCGGUUUGCUGAGCAGGAUGGGACAAACCGUCAGAGCUGUAGCAUCCUCAGUAAGAGGAGCAGUUAAAAAUCGUCCUGGAAUGUUUACAGAAAUCAACGAUUACAUGGGAACAUUUAGUCAGAAAAUAAACUUAUUAGAUAAAAUAGCUCAUAGGAUUUACAAGGAAGAAAGGGACUAUUUUAAUGAAAUGAAGGAAUACGGCCCCAUCCACACCCUCUGGUCAGCAUCGGAAGAAGAUUUAGCAGACUCCCUGAAGGGCAUUGCCAGCUGCAUCGACAGGUGUUGCAAGGCUACGGAGAAGAGAAUGGCAGGGCUCUCAGAAAACCUGCUGCCAAUUUUACAUGAAUAUGUUCUCUACAGUGAAAUUCUGAUGGGUGUUUUGAAAAGGAGAGACCAAAUUCAAGGCGAGCUUGAUUCCAAAGUUGAUGCUUUAGCCAAUAGAAAGACAGAAAAGGAACUGUUCUCAGAAGAGAUUGGGAAACUUGAAGACAAAGUUGAACGUGCCAAUAAUGCUCUGAAAGCGGAUUGGGACAGGUGGAAGCAGAACAUGCAGUGUGAUAUGAGAUCAACAUUCACUAAUGUGGCUGAGAAUAAUCUCCGUUUUUAUGAAGAGUUAAGAUGCUCCUAGAGUACUGCAGGAAGUAUGCAUCCCUCCCAGGGUGGACAACUCACAGUGGAGUCUGUGUUAGGAGGAAGGCAGUGUGGUGCCAAAGGGCUGUGCUACAGAGUGUCUUCUCCAGCUGUGCUGGCAGUGGAUGCUUGCAGGAGCCAGGGAGGAACAACAUGGCUGGACUGUGCUCUUUUCCCACUGUAUCCUUUCUGAAGAUUUUUUUUUUUUAACAUCAGAGCUUCUAUCAAUUAACUUAAUAGCCUUUAAUAGCUUUCACUGUGCUUUCUUUUUUUCCAUCUAAACUCAUAGUAUUUACAGUGCUGAAUGGAUUCCACAACUUAACAUGUAGGAAAAAUCAAUACUUUUUGUGAUUUCCUAAACCAGCUGCCCAAUAACUUCUAGUGAUGCCCUCUACUUGUUAAAUUGUGAGAAGAGAUGAGCAACUGUUUCCUAUUUAUCUUCCCUGUGCCAUUCAAGAAUUUACAGACCUCUAGUGUGUUUUCCAAGCACUGCUGCUUUCCCAGAGGAAAAGCCAUAGCUUAAUACCAUAUUGUACAAAAGCCAUUUCACAUCUGUGCUCAUUGUUAUUGCUAUUCUCUGUAUUUUCUAGUUCUGCUGCAACCAGUGUUCAAAAAUGCAGGCACACCAGAAAUGUACACGUUGUCAUAAUUAUGCUUUGAUUUUUGUCAUCAUUCUUUCCCACUAAUUUCUAAUUUAUUUUUUAAAGUACCACUGAAUGCUGAGCUGCCAUUCCAUAGAACUGUCCACUAACAUUAAGAGCUAUUCUGAAGGUUACUGAAUAAUUUAAUUUCCAUCAGUGUGUAUAUAUAGGAGAAUUGGCUUUUCCCCAGUGAGCAUUUAUUUGCAUUUAUUAAUACUCAAUUUAGCCUGCUGUUUUUAGCUCCUAAUCUCUCUGUGGUGUACAGUCCUAUAAACGGGACUCCAGCAAGUCAAACAGCAGUAACACUCUGAAUACCAGAUAAACAAAAGUUCAAGAAAUUGAGCUUGAACAGGCUUACCUGGAAGGAUAGGAAUGUUUCAAUGUAACCAAAAAUUAAUACCGUGUGGCUCAUUUAGGCACCUCUAAGGACAUGUACUGUCUGGUUAGCUGAAAUGGGCAAUGCCAGUGUGUGUUGGGUUGAUUUUACCUGUAUAUUCUGCUGGAGCAGAACGUUGCUACCUGAGAUAUUUGGAAAUCAAAAGCAUCGGACAUUUUGCAUCCUUGGUAAAAACGCUCAUUAUGUUCAUGAUUUCUUUUUCAAUUCUUUUCAUCUUUAGCUAGGCCAUAACUUGUGGGGGAAAGACUUUAGCAGUCAGUUAUACAGAGGCCUUCUUUUGACCAUGUGUUUGUUCUCCUGAUUUUCUCUAUCAUCAUGCAGUACCAAGAUCCAUUGUUAAGUACAAUCAAACAUUCUCCUUUUUGUGACAUGCAAAUACUUCUGCUGCCUAACAGGGGAGCUGUCACCAGUGCAAAUAGCUGAUAGUAAAGGUAAAACACAGGUAGCUUGUGUGGGUAAGACAUCAGUGUCUCUAAGCACUAAGUGAUUUUAUAUGGUUGCCUGGUACAGACUCUGGUACAUUAUCUGCAGCAAGAUGCACGUCUAGAGGAAAAGGAAAUAAAUGCGGACCCUGCUGGCCCCUGCUGCUGUCAGCCUACACCCAAAAUAGUGACCUUUCAAAAUGAUUUGUGCUUUAUUUAUUGACAUUUUUUCAUUUGCCUGAUAGCUAUGGGCAGGAUUUCACUGAUAGCAUCACUAAAAUAAGGAUCAUGCUGGCAUAAAUUAAUCAUGAAACCAACCUUCCAGCAGGAGCUUUGCAGGCCAGAAGGAAUAUCAAGUGGCUUUCUUUCAUAUGUCUAAAUCACUUUAAUAUUACAUAUCUGCACUGCCCACUGUUUUGGACAAACAGUCCCUUCAUGAAGAAUGGAUGAGGGCAGAGGUGUAUGUAAUAGGCUGCUCUGAUGUGUUUUAAGUGUACUCAAAGAAAAUGGCUAAAUAAACCUUUUUCUAACAAAUAAAGGAGCUCCUAUCUGCUACCCAGGGGGACUGACUUGAGUGACUAGAGGAUCCAACUGUACAGCCCUUGCAGAAAGCACUUGGGCAGCAAAACUUUCAUAAAGCACUGCACAGCUUUCAAGUUUUUACUGUGUGAACCUGUUGUUACCUCACCAUCAUUUUUACUCUACUCCUGCCAUUAUUGUGGAGAGAGAAAACCUUAUCUAUGCAAUCCCACAGAGGCACCUUAUUGAAUACAGUGUGAUUAGAAGAAAUGUUGGCCAAUAGGGUGAACCAUAAACUCCUUCAAGAAACCUACCAUGUUGCUUUUCCAAGAGACACCAAUGUUUAGAUGCAGCCCCUACUGCUGACAGUGGCUCUGCCUCACUGGCAGUAACUCACCUGAACCUAAAAGGGAUAGACAAAAACUUUCAGUGGAUUUGGGACUGAAAAGUGAAGGUACAUCCUGGUUUAGGUAAAAUACAUGAUUAAAGAAAUGCAGAACAGUCAAAUUAUGUUCUCAUCUAAAAUAUAAUUGGAAAAAAUGUCAAAAAAUAUUGUAUUCAUUUUUCUACAGGCAAAAAGUCAUAUUUGAGAUUUAAAUUUUUUUAUCUAGACUGUGACAUGAAACUGAAUUUCCAGCAGGAAUAAUUCUUUUGAUAAUUGUAUUACUUAGAAGGUUAAUUAAGGAAUAAACAUUAUUAUGUCUGCAUUAAUAAUUAAUGAAAAGUUGCCAGAAAGCCAUUAACUGUUAAAGCCAAACUAAGAAACUCCCUUGGAAUCACAGCAACAUUGAUUAUGUGAUGAAGACUCAUUGUUUUUUAAAUAAUUGUUUUAACACUAUGGCAUCUUAAAGAGCAACGGAACUGCCUUUUUGAAUUAACUUUUUUAAUCAAAAAAAUAAGUAGCUGCAAUGUUAGAAUAUGAUUUGAUUUUUUUUUUCAAACAUAAAACAUCUCACCAGGCUCUUUCUGCAAAUGAAAACAAAUAAGAUGUUUAUUUUUUUUAUUUGUACUCUGGAGUUGUGUUCAUUUAAAUAAUAAAUCAAGCUUUCACCAGGAGGUAAAAGAAUAGUAUGUAAAAUGAGAGCUGAGCAAGAUGCUCCCUACAUGUUCAGCUGUCACAAAGCUCCUUACUUCUAUGUGGAGAAAUGUUUUUUCACUCAGCCACGGCAUUAUUUGGCUGUCAGGUUACAAGAGAAAGCCAGAGGUGGUCUGAACAUCAUCAUCUCCUACCCAGGAGCCUGCAGGAAUUGCUUGGGCCCCACAAAGCUGGUACUAAGCCCUUCAAGCUGGCAGAGCCUACCAAAAUGAGCAGCAGCUCACUGCAGUUGCAGAACCACUACUGCUUUAUCAUCUCUUUUUACUGCUUGAUUCUUCAAUAUACACAGCAUAAGAGUCCGAAGUUUCUGAUAAAAGCAAAAGAGGGAAGUUUAUGAGGGUUCUUUUCAACCUAAAAACUAUUAUAUGAGGCUAUGAAAUAGAGUGGAAAUUGAGAGCAAUUAUAUUAUGAAGUGAAAAACUGUUACAAGAAUUAAGUAUCCUCUCCUACUCUUGUCCACCAGCAAUACCUUUUGCAAUAAACAAAAGAACCUGGCAGACACUCAGCUGACAUAAAAGCAAAGCUAAAGCAAGGUUAGAGAAAGAUUUGUAACUGGGUUUGAGAGAAAAUAGCUAAGUUAGAAUAGCUCUUUGGAGACUAUGUGUUCAUUCACUGAUGGGACAGUACAAAUUUUAUAAGUGAAUUAAUUGUGACAGGUUAACAUAGUAAAGUAAGUUGUUCAAUAUUUAUUGGUGCCUUCCAGCAUGUUGCUUUAUUCCUAUUAUUGUACCUAUUUUGUUACCAUCUCAUUGUAGGAAAGAAAAUUAAUGGAGAAAUAUAAAAGGGGAGGUGCAAAAGCAGAAAAAGCAUCAAAAUUAUAAUCAAAAUUAUAAUCUUCUGUGAUGAUGAUUGUGCACUGUGGCAUGCAGUUGUUAAAAGAAUUUAAAAAUAUACAAAUACAGUUGUGCCUCCUUUUGUCACAUAGGGGUACAGCAAAUUAAGAAAUACACUUCUGCUAAAGGAUGAACCUAGAACCUUUUAUUUGUAUUAGCCUUUUCUUCAUAUGUGAGUUUUUGCUGGAGCAGAGAGACACUCAGUGCAGAUAAUCAUCAACCACACCUCGAAUAACUAAUACAGAAUGGCAGUACUGGGUCAAACUGGCAAGUCUCAGCCAGGUUCUUAUAACCAAGGUAAAAAAAGCCAUGGUCUAUCUGGUUAAAAUGCAGAGAUGCCAACAGAAGAUGUUUCCUGGUUUUUUUAUCUUUUUUUUCCCUUUCCAUAAGAGCUGUAAAACCACUUCUGACACUGGUUCCUGCUCACCCACUGAGCACCUUGACCAGGUUUAAUAAGAGCUUUUAUGGCCACAUUAGGACAGGGUACACAGACCCCUGACAGAGGAGCUGGCAAAGAGCUGGCAUGGAGAGCUGGGAGCCAGGCACACACCAGGGAAAGGGAACUGCCAUUCUCUUAGCUACCCCUGUGCUGAGAGAUGCUGAGGAGCAAAAGAAGGUACUGUACUUUGUCCUUUACUCAGAUUCUGGGAGUGGUACAAAGAUAACUGUCAUCUGUCACUUGGAUUGCAGUUUAUACACAGAUUUCAGAAUACAGAAAAUUAAAACAUAGAACAGAAGGAAAAAAUACCUUGGAUACAAUUAGAAGGAUAUUUGCUUUCAUAGUUUAAAUUAUAUUUAGCUUAGUUUUUAACCCUUAAUUUGAAAUGUUCCUGUUCCUACUUUAUAUGGCUUGCUACCUACACUGAGUGUAUGUCUGAAGUUUGUGAGGGUUGCCAUGGGAUUUCUGGCUUCACUGCUUCGAAAGUCAUUAUCUGCAAUUUGACAAAGCUGAUCAACACUACUGCUGUAUAUGUUCAUUUUCCCUUAGAAACAUUGGUUUUAUAGAUGACCUUUAUGGAAAACAAUAUUAUUUCAUCUCUGCUUUUUAAUAUGUCAUUUAUCAAGUGUAUUUAUUCAGAACAAAUAAACUGCAAGUCUGUGAAGA